AUGGUUUGGACGCCUCUUUUAGAAAGAUUUGACAAAACUUCUAAAAGUCUCCAGUUAAUUAAUAUUGAUUUGUCAUGUGUAGUUUCUCUAUAUGAUUCAUUAGUAUGUUAUAUUCAAGAGCAAAGAAACAAUUUUGAAAUAUUUUUAAGUGAAGCGAUAAAAAUAAGUGCCAUAAAUAAAUUUUCUUGGGAGGAAACUAGAACUAAACGCAGAAAUAUAUUUUUUGAUGAAGAGCCUAGUGGUGAAGUUAUAUUUUCUAAUACAGACAAAAUGAAGAAUGAAACUUUUAUUCCUAUAAUGGAUGCAUUGAUUUUUCAACUAAAUAAAAGAAGCAUUAUAUACAAAGCUAUGUGA